AAAAAGUGCCUUGGUUGCCCUGUUUUAUUUUAUUUUUUGGGGGGAUUCGACAGCGAGAGCGGAUCGGCGCGGCGGCGUUUUGUGAUGAAGGGAGGGAGAGCGAGGAGGCCGAUCCAUGUGGUGUUGUCAUGGGUGAAGCGGCAGCCGCCCAAGGUGAAGGCGUUCCUCAGCGUGGUUGCCGGCAUGGCGGCCCUGGUCUUCCUUCGCUUCAUCGUCCACGACCAUGACAACCUCUUCGUCGCCGCUGAGGCUGUGCAUGCCGUUGGAAUCUCUGUCCUAAUCUAUAAACUCACCAAGGAGAAGACUUGUGCCGGACUUUCACUGAAGUCUCAAUACUUAACAGCCUUGUUUUUAGCUGCUAGACUCUAUUGCAGCUUCGUAAUGGAAUAUGAUAUACAUACAGUGUUGGAUACUGCGACUCUUGCUACUACACUUUGGGUCAUUUAUAUGAUUCGCUUUAAAUUGAGGACAAGUUAUAUGGCUGACAAGGACAACUUUGCUAUAUAUUACGUGGUUCUGCCUUGUGCUUUGUUAGCCCUUGUGAUUCAUCCUUCAACAUCCCAUAAUAUAUUCAAUCGGAUUUGUUGGGCCUUUUGCAUUUACCUGGAAGCUGGUUCAGUACUGCCCCAGUUACGAUUGAUGCAGAACACAAAGAUUGUAGAACCUUUCACAGCUCACUAUGUUUUUGCUCUAGGCGUUGCAAGAUUUCUGAGCUGUGCUCACUGGGUCCUUCAGGUCCUUGAUACUCGAGGAAGAUUAUUGACAGCUUUGGGGCAUGGCUUGUGGCCAUCCAUGGUGCUUCUUGCUGAGAUUGUUCAAACUUUCAUCCUAGCUGAUUUCUGCUACUACUACAUUAAGAGUGUUGUUGGUGGACAACUAGUGCUACGGCUUCCCUCUGGUAUAGUGUAGUCUGAGAUCUCUUUGCACAUAUGAGUUGUAAGUUAAGUUGGAUUUCUUUGUUCAUGUGUACUCUUUUGCUUGAAGUCUCAGUAUGGAAUAUUAUUGACUAAACUGCGACUUGUUUAAGUUUAAAAAAGAAAUUACUUUUCCUUUCAA